AUGAGUGCUGCCUUCGCAAGGAGUGCUGCCUUCGCAAGGAGUGCUGCCUUCGCAAGGAGUGCUGCCUUCGCAACGAGGGCUGCAUUUGCAGGGAGUGCUGCCUUCGCAAGGGGUGGUGCCUUCGCAAGGAGUGCUGCCUUUGCAAGGAGUGCUGCCUUUGCAAGGAGUGCUGCCUUUGGAAGGAGUGCUGCCUUCAGUGCUGCCUUCGCAAGGAGUGCUGUCUUCGCAAGGAGUGCUGCCUUCGCAAGGAGUGCAGCCUUCGCAAGGAGUGCUGCCUUCGCAAGGAAUGCUGCCUUCGCAAGGAGUGCUACCUUCCCAAGGAGUGCUGCCUUAGGACGUAGUGCUGCCUUCGCUAGGUGUGCUGCCUUGGUACAGAGUGCAGCCUUCGCAAGGAGUGCUGCCUUCGCAAGGAGUGCUGCCUUUGCACAGAUUGCUGCCUUCGCACGGAGUGCAGCAUACGCACAGAGUGCUGCCUUCGCAAGAGGUGCUGCCUUCACAGGGAGUGCUGCUUUCGCAUGGGGUGGUGCCUUCGCAAGGAGUGCUGCCUUCGCAGGGAGUGCUGCCUUCGCAGGGAGUGCUGCCUUUGCAAGGAGUGUUGCCUUCGCUAGGAGUGCUGCGUUCACUACGAGUGCUGCCUUCGCAAGGAGUGCUGCCUUCGCAAGGAGUGUUGCCUUCGCAAGUAGUACUGCCUCCGCAAGGAGUGCUGCUUUCGCAAGGAGUGCUGCCUUCCAAGGAGUGCUGCCUUCGCUACAAGUACUGCCUUCGCACGGCGUGCUGCCUUCGCAAGCAGGGCUCCUUUCGCAGGGAGUGCUGCUUCGCAAGGGGUAA